AUGGCUUGGCAGACUCCAUUGAUUCGUCCUCAAAUGGCAGGAACCAGUUCAGCAGUAGCUAAUCCAGCCGGGAAUGCAGGGACCAUACCAGCUUCGAUCUUUGCAGCCUAUGAUCCCAAAGACCGGACUGAUCCUCUCUAUCUUCAUCCCAAUGAGAGCCCUUCACUGCAACUAGUAACAGUCCAGUUAGAGGGCAGAUCCAAUUACCAUCCAUGGGCAAGGGCCAUGGAGAUGGCAUUGAGGUCGAAGAACAAGAUGGUACUGCUUGAUGGAACCCUGGCAAUUCCCAACAAAGCAGAUCCCAAGUACUUCUACUGGGAUCAAUGCAACACCAUGAUCCUAUCAUGGAUCUUCAGGGCUGUUUCUCCCACCAUUGGACGAAGCAUACUUUGGAUUAACACUGCUGAGGGCAUAUGGAGAGAUCUGAAGAAGCGUUUUAGUCAACAAGACCUGUUCCGCAUUGCAGAGAUCAAAUCUGAGAUCUAUAGAACAAAGCAAGGUACCUCCUCUGUGAAUGACUACUUCACUCAGUUAAAACUGCUAUGGGAUGAGCUGUUUGUCUUGAGGCCUGCUCUUUCUUGUGAGUGUAUACCAAUUAGCUGUGAAUGUGGUAGCAAGAUGUCUGAAAAAAUUAGGGCACAAUUAGAGAGUGACAUGUUGUCAUCAUUUCUCAUUGGCCUAAAUGACAGUCUCAAUAGUACCAAGAGACAAAUUAUGUUGAUGAAGCCAUUGCCCAAUGUUAGAGAGGCCUUUGCCAUGGUCUCACAACAAGAAAGGCAAAUUAGUGAGAAUUCCAGCACUGUGGAUGAAAGCUUGGCAGGAGCUGGGGUCUUUUUUACAAAACAUGAGAACAAGAAGUUCUUCCCUAAUCAGAAGCAAAAGCCAGUGUGCAGCUUCUGUGGUUAUACUGGUCAUACGAUUGAAAAGUGCUACAAAAAGCAUGGAUACCCUCCUGGGUGGAAGCCAAGAAACAAAGGAGUGGGGACUGUUAACCAAGUGCAGUCCAACCCACAAGAACAUGGCAGUAUAGAAACUGAGUCCUGUUCUUACAAUCAAGAAGAUUACAAGAGGUUUCUUGAGUUCAUGCAUCAAGCAAAACGCGUCAGCUCUCCUCUUCAAACUGGUCCCCAAGCCAAUACUAUAGCUGCAAACUUUGUCCCAGAUGCAAGAUUGGAAGGUAAGAAUACUAUUUCUUGCAAUACCUUGACAGAAUCAGAAUUCAUAUGGAUCUUGGACAGUGGAGCCACACAUCAUAUUGUGUGUAGAUCAAACUUGUUACAAAAUCCUAAGAAGGUCCAGGGAGUGUCUGUUGAUUUACCUAAUGGACAUCAAGCCCAAGUUUCCCAUAUUGGGACAGUUCAAUUAUCAGCAGAUUUAAUUCUAUUCAAUGUUCUCUGUGUACCUAUCUUCCACUGCAACUUAAUCUCCUUGGGUGAACUCACAAGAAGAUCCAAAUAUAGCAUCAUAUUUCAUUCUAACCACUGUGUUAUACAGGAUCAACUCCUUGGGAGGAUGAUUGGUGUGGCUGAAUUGAAGAGAGGACUCUAUCAGCUUGAUUCAAUACUGUCACUCUUUGUAAAACUGCUGUAA